GAGUCAACCUGGUGUGAACCCAAGCGGUGGAUUGUUGUUGGACUUCUGUGCUGGUCAUCAAUUGGACAUAACAAACACCGGGUCUGCUUCAUAAGAUUACGUGGAACAUGUGACACAGGUCUUGUUUCUCAGGUAACGUUGAAGAGAGUGAAAAUGGGACUUUAAAGAGUUUCAACCAAAUGGUUUAAUUGUACCUACCUCCCCACAAGGGGUCACACAUCUGAUCAGUGCUUCCUGCACCCGAGAGACAUACUACCAGUGCACGCUGUCAGCUGUGGAGCGGUUUGAAAUUAUUGGUAGAAACCCAAGAAAACAUCAAACGACAUAAAUUAAUUCCAGAACAGGUUCUUUUCUGAUAUUUUUUGUUUUUUGAUUAGGACAGAUACAGAAUACAUAGUUAUUCUACAUAGCUGUUUGCCGUUCGUCCAUCAGACUCUCCCACAAUUAUAUCUCCACCACCUGCACACCGGAUCUGCAAGUAUAGUGAGUUUCAGCUCUCACACAAUCACAUUAUAUUCUUAUUUCUAAACAUUAUACUGGCUAGGUUCCCCCUCAACCAAACCCUAAUGAUAGUUUGUAUGUAUGCAGAUAUAUGCAGUUUAGUGUGGAUCCAGUAAUGUCCAACAACAAACGUUCAGAUCAGUCUCCAUUGUUACCAACAACUCAUCUAACCUGUGGGCUCCCCACUGAGACAGAGGGUCUCCAAGAAGACAAAGUUCUUCAAGCCCAUGUUUUCUACAUGGACACAAGCCAAAGUCAGAGAAAAUUAUGGAGUGUAAUAGUCGGCUGAACGGGUAGUGGAUGUGAAGAAAACAAUGAGCCUCUCAUCAGAAAGAGGGAGCCGUCAUUAUGUCAUUUUCUUUAUCGAUGGCACGCGAUCUACUGGUACUGCCUUCGAUCGCAAACCUAUUGGGCACCCCUGCACUAGACAAUAGCUUUGUCUUUAAGUUGUGUAAUUUUGCCUGUGGUGGACCUGCUGUCAUUUGUCGAGAUCCAGUCGAAGCGUUACAACAGCAAAUACUUCACUGUCAACUGAAAGGAAAGGGAACGUUUUUUGCCAUACCAUCCUUAUUCAUAUCCAUACUAACGAGUAUUAUAAAACAAUAUAGAUUUAAGAUCACAAAACCUUGCAUUGACGGAGCCUCUGGAUCUGGAACCAGAUUGCUGCAUUUAAAUAAUUGUUAUUUCAAUAUUGACAAAAAAAUGAUUUCAUAUCUACCACUAGAUUUUCGGACUUAAAAGUAAUAUAAAGAUUCUUUGGGUGAUGUCAUCAGGUAAGAGUUAUUUAUAUUGUCAUUUCCAAUGAUGCUGAUAUUUUGCUCCUGUCUCUCUCAGCUUGUGUUAACAGAUUUAGCAAUGUUGCUAUACUUAGCGUUCUUAGCACUAUUUACCAUUAGCUAAUAAUAUGGUGAAGGUUUAGACGCUGGUGGUCACAUCAGUUAGCUGGGUUCACACUGAAACAGUUGGUCUUUUUCUCCGUUUGAAUGUGAUAUACAAAUAUACAGUUUGAGUUUCUGAAUGUCACCAUUUAGGUCACUUCAACAAGGGACAUCAACAACCACUGAUGUCAUCUAAACAAACUCCUUUUAAACGUUUGCAUGCGACGCAGGUCUAUUGGAUCUAAAUUAUUUUUAUUUCCCGCUCUGAACUAAAAUAAUCCGACUGAAUUAAACUGUUUUUGUUGAUAUUUCUUUUGUCUAUCCAGGAUGCGGCCUCCAAGAUGGUUGCUAGGCUCAUGGCUGUGGUUGCUAUGCAUUUCUGAGAUCUGGACAGCAACCUUUAAGCUAGCCCUUAUAGGUCCAUGGUCAUGUGACCCUAUGUUCUCGCGGGCGAUGCCGACCGUGGCGGCAAAUCUGGCAUUGUCGCGGUUACGGAGCGACAUCACUCUGAGCAGAGGAUACUGGUAUGACAUCAGACUCCUGGAUGAGGACUGCUCCGCUUCCAAAGCACUGACAGAACUUGGGGACAUGGAGGGUUAUGGUCAUGCCUACAUUGGACCCUUCAACCCUUCCCUCUGUCAUGCAGCCUCCUUAUUAGCCCAGCAUUGGGAGGCGGGGCUUGCCUCUCCAGGCUGUCUGAAUGCUGAUUGGCCGAACCUGGCCCCAGUCACUCCCCCAAGCAGAGUCCUGUUUACUGUGCUCAGAUUCUUCCGUUGGGCCCAUGUUGCGAUCAUCUCAGCUCCAUCUGACCUAUGGGAGAGCACUGGACAGGAAGUUGCCUCUGCGCUAAGGGUUCUGGGCCUGCCAAUCGGUCCGGUGGUCACCAUGGAAACAAAGAACAAGGGUGGACCCCAGGCUGCUCUCAGAUCUAUCAGAGAUGCCAACAAGGUCAAAGUGGUGAUAAUGUGCAUGAGCUCCGUCUUGAUUGGUGGAGAGGAUCAGAGAGAACUCCUAUUGGCUGCUCUAGACAUGGGGAUGGUUUCCGAUGGUUAUGUGUUCAUUCCUUACGACGCCCUGCUGUACUCCAUGCCAUAUCAGGACGUAGUAUUCCCUCAGCUAACCAAUAGCACGCAGCUUCGGCACGCCUACAGCUCUGUUCUAACCGUUACCAUGGCGUCCGACCAGAGUUUCUACGAAGCUUUUCGUCAAGCUCAAAUUAACCGAGAGAUCCGGUCUUCUGUCACAGCAACUGAGGUGUCUCCGGUCUUUGGGACCAUCUUUAACAUGGUGUACUUCGUUGCUAAGGCGGUGGAGGAACGUCGUCAGGCAGGGGGGGGGCACUGGGUGACAGGCAAUCAGCUUGUCCAAUCAGAUGGAGGCUUUGAUUUCCAGGGCUUCAAUCAGGUGUUACAUGGAGGUAGAGACGGGCGUGGCCUGGUGGCCGGCUACGUGGUGUUGGACAGUGAUGGUGAUCGACUCGUGCCAACGCACUCGCUGGCUCCCAAACACACAGACGGGGCGGUCGGAGGCCUGAGACCGAUGAGUCGCUCCUUUUUCUUCCCAGGAGGAAAACCCGCCUCCGCCAGCUUCUGUUGGUUCAGUCCAGACGAGGCCUGCAGUGGGGGUUUAGACACAGUGGACAUGGUCUUCAGCCUCCUGCUGUUCUGUGGUGUCACUGGAGCUUUCCUCUUCUGGAUCAAGAAGUACAAGAAGACAGCGAACAUCACCAAACUCAUCCUUACUCUGGAUGAUAUUGUUUUCAUUGAUACUCAUCUCAGUAAGAAGAAACUGAAUGACGAGUCGAUCAUGAGAAGUUUACUUGAAGUUAAAACGCCUCAACGGUCGAUUGCUCGAAGUUACAUCCUGACAACACCUGAGAGCUCCAACAUAGGAGUACUGGAGGGAGACUUGGUUUGGCUGAAGAAGAUCCCCAUCGGGAAGUCGAUAAUGGCUGUAAAUCAAAACACUCAAAGUCUGUUCAGCCAGUUGAGGGAGAUGCGACAUGAGAAUUUAAACCUCUACGCCGGUUUGUUUCUGGACUCUGGGAUCUUUGCUCUGGUCGUUGAACAAUGUCCUCGAGGGAGUCUGGCCGACCUGCUGGCCGACAGCGAGAUGAGGCUUGACUGGAUGUUUAAAUCCUCCCUUCUAAUGGAUCUUAUCAAGGGAAUGAAGUACCUUCAUCUACGAGGUUUGAGUCACGGUCGUCUGAAGUCCACAAACUGUUUAGUCGACGGACGCUUUGUUCUGAAAAUCACAGACUACGGGCUUCCCAUGAUUCUUCAUUCUCAGAGCAUCACCCUACCUGAGGACCCACAAGAGUUGCUGUGGACUGCUCCAGAGCUCUUAAGGAAGCCGGUGCAAGGAGGUUCGUUUUCUGGAGAUGUCUUUAGUUUCUCUAUCAUCAUACAGGAAGUGAUCUCACGAUCAUUGCCGUACGCCAUGAUGGACAUGCCCUCCCAAGAGAUAGUGGACCGCCUGAAGCACCCUCCUCCUCUCUGCAGACCACUUGUUUCAUUGGAUGAAGCGCCUGCCGAGUGUCUCAGUCUGAUGAACGAAUGUUGGAAUGAAGAUCCGAGCAUGAGGCCGAGCUUUGAUGACAUUUUCAAACAGUUUCGGGGUAUUAACAGAGGAAAGAGGGCAAACAUCAUUGACUCAAUGUUGCGGAUGUUGGAGCAAUACAGUUCUAACCUGGAGGAUCUGAUAAGAGAACGAACAGAUGAACUGGAGGUUGAGAGAAACAAAACAGAUAAGCUGAUUGGACAGCUGCUGCCCAAGUCCGUGGCUCAGGCUCUGAAGAAAGGGAAGCCGGUCCAACCUGAACAUUAUUCAGACUGCACUCUUUACUUUAGUGACAUUGUUGGGUUUACAACCAUCUCAGCUCUAAGUGAACCCAUUGAGGUGGUCGAUCUUCUGAAUGACCUCUACACCAUGUUUGAUGCUAUUAUUGCCACUCAUGAUGUCUACAAGGUAGAAACUAUCGGAGACGCCUACAUGGUGGCUUCAGGUGUUCCCAACAGAAAUGGGAAUCGACACGCAGGUGAAGUGGCCAACAUGUCUCUGGACAUCCUACAUUCAAUCGCAGCUUUUAAGAUCAAACACAUGCCUGAGAUCAAAGUGAAGAUACGCAUCGGACUUCACUCAGGUGCGUUGGUAGCAGGUGUGGUCGGUCACACGAUGCCCAGGUAUUGUCUGUUUGGAGACACAGUGACCACGGCAUCACACAUGGAAGCCAGUGGACUACCCUACAGGAUCCACAUCAGUCUGAAUACAGUGAAGGUCCUCACAAGUCUCAAAGUUGGGUACCAUAUAGACACCAGAAAGGCACAGGUGAAGGGCACGGUGGACACAUACUGGUUGAUGGGUCGAGAGGGUUUUGAUAAACCUCUUCCUAUUCCUCCAGACCUCAUUGGAGGGGCCAGUAAUCAUGGAAUCAGUCUGGAUGAGAUUCCAGUUGAACGAAGACAAAAGUUUCUGGAUCGACAAAAGAAUGCAAAGAAAUAAUGCCAAUGUACGCAUACAGAUGCCCACAUAUUUACUAUACAUAUAUUAACACGCAGAUGCACUGAAAUAUACACAUUAACACGCACGCACACGCACACACAUUACCUCAAGAUGUAGAUCAUUCUUUAAUAGAUUUUAUCAGCUGGUGAAAAAUGUUCAGCCCAAACUCGAGGAAUGUGAACAAAGUGCUGACUGGACCGGGAUUUUUCUCCCUGAACUUCUAAAAGAAGGAAGCGUCAUUGUCAGUGUGAUUCUGAUUUUGCAUUGAUGCCAGACUUUUGUGCCAGUUCGUUGGAAGUUAUUGGGGUAGGCAUCCCAAGUCCCACUUCAAACCAUCAUAUGUGUUUUGUUUCACCUUGGGUUGUUUUGCUUCCAUUGAAUAAAAAAAAUGACAUGAGAAGAGA